CGUACUUUUUUUUUGGCUUUUGUGCGUACGUAGACUUUUAGUAUGCACAGUUUUAUAAAUAAGCCCCCUGGAGAUUUCGUAUUAAAGUGUUGUAGUGUUGACACCUGCCCACGUGCUCAUGUGAAACGAUGAUGCAACAGCAGCAGAAUUUAACAGGAUUCGCUCGCACCGAGUAGCGCUGUGAUUGGCUUGUGGCACAGCAGCGCUUUACUAUGAUUGGUCGAAACCGGUCACUCAACAUCCAUCAGUAAUGUGACAGUGAAAGCAAACUUCCUGGAGAUAACCUACUGGAUUAAUGUUAACUAAUCUACAUAAAUGUGAUCGAGCGGAUCGUGUGUGUGUGUACAUUAGUUAGAGUACUCACAGUUUCUGUGUGCGGAUCUGCUGGAAAGUUUUAACUUGUUUUCAUCGCGAUCAGGAAAUAGACGUCAGUGAAGAUGAGUGUCGGGUUCAUAGGAGCGGGUCAGUUGGCUCACGCGCUCGUGAAGGGUUUCGGGGCGGCAGGUAUAAUCGCCACUCACAGGAUAACAGCGAGCUCUCCAGACACAGACCUGCCUACUGUCAUAGGGCUUAAAAAAAUGGGAGCAUACUUCACCACCAGUAACAAAGAGACUGUAAACAAGAGUGAUGUUCUCUUUCUUGCGGUAAAGCCACAUAUUAUUCCAUUUGUUUUGGAUGAGAUUGGACCAGACAUUGAAGACCGGCAUCUGAUUGUGUCCUGUGCGGCUGGGGUCACCAUCAGCUCAAUAGAGAAGAAACUGCUGCAGUAUAGGACAGCACCUAAAGUAAUUCGCUGUAUGACAAACACCCCAGUGGUGGUGCGAGAAGGGGCUACAGUGUACGCCACAGGCACUCAUGCCGAGGUGGAGGAUGGCAAGCUUCUCGAGCAGCUAAUGGCCAGUGUGGGCUACUGUACCGAGGUGGAAGAGGACCUGAUCGAUGCCGUCACGGGUCUUAGCGGCAGCGGACCAGCUUAUGCGUUCAUGGCGGUUGAUGCUCUUGCUGAUGGCGGGGUUAAGAUGGGAUUGCCCAGAAGACUUGCUGUGCGCCUGGGAGCUCAGGCCCUGCUAGGGGCAGCAAAAAUGCUUCUGGACUCUGAGCAACAUCCCGGACAGUUAAAGGACAAUGUGGCUUCUCCUGGUGGCGCCACAAUCCACGCUCUGCACGUAAUGGAAAGUGGCGGCUUCCGAAGCCUCCUGAUAAACGCUGUGGAGGCGUCGUGUAUUAGAACCAGGGAGCUUCAGUACUUAGCUGACCAGGAGAAGAUUUCUCCAGCGGCCAUAAAGAAGACGACUUUGGAUAAAGUUAUGCAACAGCCGGGCGUGACCGCAGCAGGUGUCGGGGUCCGGACAGGUCUCAGCCUCUUUAACAGCAACCCUCCUAAACACAAGAAACACUAAAUCACAUCACUCAAAGAAUCACUCAGUCCAACACUGGUUGGUUAGCACGUUUUCUACGGCAUCUUUAGUUGAACACCUCUUUAAAGUUAAAUCAAACAUAAUAAUACACACACACAAUAACCUUAAAAAAUGUAUGUUUUGCUCUCUAUUCAAAGAUUUUUUUCAAAGAUGCAUUAAAAAACUAUUGUAUUCAUGUUGCAUUGGUGUGUUUGGAUUAUAAACUGAAGCUCAGCUUGUUGAAGAAUUUUAAAAGGCUUGGCAAAACAACGACAACACAUGCAAAGACAUAGCCAAGGACAAUGACUAUGAAUAGUCAAUGUAUGCUUAAGUUCCCGUGAUGUGUUUGUUUUUCUAUGCAUUUAAGAAUAAAAGCCAGAUUCCCCAAUA